UGUUGCAGUACUCUAUGCCCAUUGGUCAGUUUACAGCUACGUCAGACGCACACGACGCUGCGUGAACAGAGAUAGCCAAUAGGAGUUCAUAUGCAAAUCUGGUUUGAACCCGUCCCGGGAAAUCUGUGUUUCCCGCGUAGAACAUGUUCUCGCCAGUGUAUCUAAAAUUAUCGUGUUAUCUGCGACGUUAUGGGCAGAAUUUGAAAUCAACAGACGACGCAGGCCGUUAUGUACCGUACAGUCGGUGGAGUUGAUAAGUUAGCAGCCAUUACUGGACGCGAUGAGAACAGAGGUUACGUCGCUCUCCGUGGGCUCCGUGGACUUGGGGAGCGUCCUGACUGUAUGGACUCUCAUUCCUUUGUCGUAUCUGGAAAACACCGUGAAAAUACGGCUCUCCGAGUCGCUUGACGGACGACAUUACGGUACACCAACGGAACCUCAGCACCCGGAACACGGUCUGUGCUCGACCGAGCCUAGGCAAAGGGAAGGCUGGAGCUGGAGGCUGAAGAUCUGCAGGACCCCCAUAAUGGUGGCAGGACCACCAAAGACAAGACAGCCAUGGCCUCUUUGACCCACACAGGAGGGAAACCUCCUGCCCCCAGUCCCGUUGCACGCAAGUCACUUUUCGAGAGGUCGCGCUGUGACACCUCGCUGGGUUUGCUGACGCAGGGGUUUGCAGAGCUGCUGCACCGCUCCGCUGACGGAGUGUUGGACCUAAACGUAGUCACCCAGAAGCUUAAUGCCCCGAAGAGACGCGUCUACGAUGUCACCAAUGUCCUGGAGGGGGUCAAACUCCUCAAGAAGAAGUCUAAAAACACCAUCCAGUGGUUGGGCGGACAAGAGACUAGCUUAGCUGAAGAGCUAAAGAGUCUCACUGAGGAGGAGAAGUACCUGGACGAGCUGAUCCAGAGUUGUACUCUGCAGAUACACCAGCUGUUUGAGGACCGUUACAAUCAGAGAUAUGCAUAUUUGACUUAUGAAGAUGUCAACCAGAUUUCCAGUUUAAAAGAACAGACUGUGUUCGUGAUCAAAGCUCCUCCAGAGACUAACCUUGAGGUGCCACAUCCAGAGGAGAGCCUCCAGGUCCACCUCAGAAGCACCCAGGGGCCUAUUGAAGUGUUCCUCUGCUCUGAUGACCCCAUCCCUAUGGAAGUCACAGACAGCUCAGCAGCCAGUGGGAAGGCCUCGGUCUCUCCUUUGUCAUCCUUCACUCAGGUGUCUUCUAAAGACGUCGCUAACAAUAGUUGCAGAAUAAAUAAUUCUUCCAACCCGCUGUCUGAGCAGACACAACACUCCUCACCGGUUAUUUUCACCGCCGUUUCCCCCACACCCGCCACCCCCUCCUCUGAAGACCAGCACAGUUUUGUCACCCUCGCUCCUUCUCUGGCCAUCUCUCACGAUGAGGAGCAGUACCUCCUGAGCCUGGCCGAGGACGAGGGCAUCACCGACCUGUUCUCCUCUGUCGACUUGGACCAGGCGCCGGUGGAUAUGCCACUUGUCUGAACAGUUGUUUUUGGAAACACGGUAAAUUAAAGGAAGUGGAGAUCUUCACACAGACAUAAUACCACGAAAAAUAACAAAGUUUGGACUUGAAUUUGAGUUACUUAGAUUUGUAUUUGCCUUACCAGGGUUUACUGACUCUAAGGAACACGGAGGAGGUUGUAACCUGGAAGCAUCAAGUUGAAGCUGGUGUGUAAUUCCAUUCCAAGCCAAUCUUGUGGCUUUUUUUUUCCUCCUCUGGACUGGGGCUGAUGCGUGCUGUUGGAUGAAGCAUUUUGAUUCCAAGCUUUAAUGUGUUACAUGUCUGGGAGACGUUUUUGAGUGUCUCUUUGUCCAAAGUACGAGCAUUACGGUCUCAACACAGGACUAAAUCAUGACCUCCUUGUUGUUUCGGUUAUGGGAAAAACACUGUUGUACUUGUCAGUCAGGACAAUGGAGAUCAUUUUUGUACUUUGAUCAGGAGGCUACCAUUCGACAAAGCAGCACAGUCUAAACAUUUAAAGGUGUUCAUUCACAUUUAAAAUCUUCUUUAGAGUCAUCCACUAGACUACUGCUGUUUGUGUUGGACUUUUGGGAUGUGAACGACAUUUGUGCAUGACUGUAUGGUUACUAAUGCUGUGGUUUAUUGACGAUUCUUAGUUUUGUAUCUUCGUUUCCCACUCUUCCAUUCAAGUUACUAAUACAAAAUUAUAUUCUGAGCCUCCUUCCAGAGAGUUAGUUCCUCAUCACCUUGAACUGAUAUGCAAAUAAUCCACGUCUUGUCUUGCGACUCCUACAAGGAAUGCACCAAUCCAAGUUUUUCCAUUUCUGGUAUCGAUUCCAAUACCUCAACUCAGUGUGUUUCCUGAUACUGAGUACCAGUCCGAUACCAGUGCUCUCUUUUUCUCUAAAUGUACAUGACAGUGUGGAACUCAUUGGAAUCAUCUUCAUGUAAAGUUACCUAUCGUGAAAUGAUGUUGGACACACCUUGUUUUAUAAUAACAUAACAAAGAAACUGCACGCGUCAUAGCCAGUGACCGUUAAGAAAGUAUUUGAUUGGCGCAUUCCCAUCUGCUACUUAAGCAAAUCAGUCUCCGUCUAAACCUGUGUGCUUUAUAGCUUCCUCAGGGCUCUAGUAACUUUAACUAGAGGUGCAAUUUUGUAUAAUAAAGGUUGAUUCAUACACAGUA